AAGGUCCCUUCCAGUUCUAGGAGAUGGGAUAGCUCCAUUUAAAAAAUAAAUAAAUAAAUAAAAUUGCAUAUUAGGUGAAUAUCCAGUAAAAGCAGAGGAAUAGUUGCAUUAUAUUUCUGGAUUGAAGAAGUAGGGUGGUAGUAGUAUUUUCAGGAAGCACCAAUCCUCACAUAUAUCUAGGCUUGGCAGAGUUCAGUUUUUUAUUUUAUUAUUUUUUUUUAAAUUUUGACAGAUAAUAUCAAUGUUUUAAAUUUUCAGGUGUCCAAAACUGAGUGUCAGACAGUUGACACUGAGAUUCAGAAAGUUAGCUUUAGAAACCAAACACAAAUUGUAAAUAUAACAUGUCAAAAGAUACAAGGAAAAUAACCUUAAAUCAAACUGUAAGUUCUCAAGCAGCAUUUUUCUUAUUUUGUUUAUCUGUAAAUUUAGAUUAUUAUUGAUGGUAAUGUCUUCUGCCCGUUUGUAUGGGUAUGAUGAAAUCUAAACUUGCUGAUAUUUACCAAUAAAAAUCUAAUCCUUCCAAGUCUACGUAUGACUUGCCAGUUCUGAUCUUUUUAAUAUUCUUUAUGUUGAGUGUCAGUUUUACUUUUCCAUAAGUGAGAAAUUUUAAAGGAGAAAUAUGUCUCUUCAGUGGAUUUUUGUCACUGUCCCUUCAAAACUGAGUGGGUACAGGUACUUGAUAAUAGCAUACAUUUGGAAUCAAGAGGGUUUAUUUUGAGUGACAGGAAUGUAAAUGUAGAACUUCUGGGGCACAGAAUACAAAAUGAAUAUUUUAGCAAAUGAUGGGACAAGACUUUUACCUUUUGGGGACUUCACUGGCAGUCUGGGUACAGCAUUGCUGCUUGUUUCAUGCUGAAAGGGGUAGCAGACGGCGACACCAGAGAUCUGUGCUCAUUCACACAUGUGCUUCUGCUUAGGCCGAACUAAGCAAUCACAUGGGAGUCUAUUGUAAACUGAUUUCUGGUGUCGCUGUUCCCCCCUUAGGUGGAGGAGAAUGAGAUUGAGUGCUGACUAUAAGCCUGGCUGAGAAACAUACUGGCAUCGGUGUCAUUAAUGAAAGGGUGGCUGUUGUAUCCCUGAGAGCCAGUGGCCUUUGACUCAUGAAGCCGCUGUGCCUGAAGGAGCUUUAUUGCAGAAAUGACCAUUUAUGUCAAGCAGCUGGGCAGAAGAAUCUUUGCUCGUGAGCAUGGAUCAAACAAAAAGCUGGCAGCACAGUCCUGUGCUCUGUCCCUGGUCAGACAGCUCUACCAUCUUGGGGUCAUCGAGCCCUACACUGGGCAGACAAAGAAGAAGGAAGGAGAAACAGUAGAACCUUAUGAAGUGGUGAUCUCUCCUGAUUUGGAAAAUCAACUGAAUAGCAUCAUACAGGAGCUUUCUCUUGAGGUCAUGCCACAGCCUGAAGAUCCAAGCUGUCCAGUUUUGCUCAACAUUGGAAAACUGGCCCAUUUUGAACCAUCUGUGAGACAGAAUCAAAUGGGAGUUGUCCCAUGGUCACCCCCGCAGUCAAACUGGAACCCUUGGACCAGCUGCAAUAUUGAUGAGGGUCCUCUGGCAUAUGCCACCCCAGAACAGAUAAGCAUGGACUUGAAAAAUGAUCUCAUGUACCGCCUGGAGCAGGAUCAAGAGUUACAGAGGAUCCUACAAGAGAGGGAGACACUGCCUGUGAAGAAAUUUGAGACUGAAAUUCUUGAUGCAAUCCAUCACAGUCCUGUUGUCGUCAUUCGUGGUGCCACUGGUUGUGGCAAAACCACACAGGUUCCACAGUACAUCCUGGAUGAAUACAUCAAAAACGGCAAAGCUGCAGAAUGCAACAUUGUAGUAACACAACCCAGGAGGAUCAGUGCAGUUUCCGUGGCAGAGCGUGUGUCGUAUGAGAGAGGAGAAGAACCUGGGCAAAGCUGUGGAUACAGUGUACGAUUUGAAUCUGUACUUCCCCGCCCCCAUGCCAGUGUGAUGUUCUGCACUGUAGGUGUCCUCCUAAGAAAACUGGAGGCUGGGAUCCGUGGAAUUAGUCAUGUUAUUGUGGAUGAGAUCCAUGAGAGAGACAUUAAUACUGACUUCCUCAUGGUGGUGCUGAGAGACGUAGUUGAGGCAUAUCCUGAAAUCAGAGUUAUCCUUAUGUCUGCCACUAUUGAUACCAGCAUGUUCUGUGAAUACUUCUUCAAUUGCCCCAUCAUUGAGGUCUACGGUAGAACCUUCCCAGUUGAAGAGUAUUUUCUGGAAGACUGUAUUCAGAUGACUCAGUUUGUUCCUCCAUUAAAGGAUAAGAAGAGGAAAGACAAAGAUGAAGAAGGUGGUGAAGAUGACGAUGCCAACUGUAAUCUUAUAUGUAGUGAUGAAUAUGGUCCAGAAACAAAACGUUGUAUGGCCCAGUUGAACGAGAAGGAAACUCCCUUUGAGCUCAUUGAGGCCUUGCUAAAGUACAUCGAGACCCUGAAUGUUCCAGGAGCUGUGCUUGUCUUCUUGCCUGGCUGGAACCUGAUUUACACCAUGCAAAAGCAUCUGGAAAUGAAUCCACACUUUGGAAGCCAUCGCUAUAGAAUUCUGCCCCUGCAUUCACAAAUUCCUCGAGACGAACAGCGCAGAGUGUUUGAUCCAGUGCCUUCUGGAGUGACCAAGGUGAUUUUAUCCACCAACAUUGCUGAGACUAGCAUUACCAUCAAUGACGUUGUCUACGUUAUAGACUCUUGCAAACAAAAGGUUAAGCUGUUCACUGCUCACAACAAUAUGACAAACUAUGCCACUGUCUGGGCAUCAAAAACUAACCUUGAGCAACGGAAAGGGCGAGCUGGCCGAGUGCGGGCUGGAUUCUGUUUCCAUCUGUGCAGCAGAGCUCGCUUUGAAAGGCUUGAAACUCACAUGACACCUGAAAUGUUCAGAACACCACUGCAUGAAAUUGCUUUGAGCAUCAAACUUCUGCGACUGGGAGGGAUUGGACAAUUCUUGGCCAAAGCGAUAGAACCACCACCUUUGGAUGCAGUGAUUGAAGCAGAGCACACACUCAGAGAGCUGGAUGCCCUGGACUCCAAUGAUGAGUUGACACCUCUUGGGAGAAUCCUUGCUAAACUCCCCAUUGAACCUCGUCUGGGCAAGAUGAUGAUAAUGGGCUGCAUUUUCUAUGUAGGAGAUGCUGUGUGUACCAUCUCUGCUGCCACCUGCUUCCCUGAGCCUUUCAUCAGUGAGGGUAAACGGCUGGGUUACGUCCAUAGGAAUUUUGCGGGGAACAGGUUUUCAGAUCAUGUAGCCUUGCUUUCAGUCUUCCAGGCCUGGGAUGAUGCAAGAAUGGGCGGUGAAGAUGCAGAAAUAAGAUUCUGUGAACACAAAAGGCUCAACAUGGCUACACUCAGGAUGACUUGGGAAGCCAAAGUCCAGCUUAAAGAUAUUCUUAUCAAUUCUGGCUUUCCGGAAGAGUGUUUGAUGACUCAGAUAUUUAACAACACUGGACCAGAUAACAAUCUAGAUGUUGUGAUCUCCCUGCUUGCUUUUGGUGUAUACCCUAACGUCUGCUAUCACAAGGAGAAGAGGAAAAUUCUUACCACUGAGGGGCGCAAUGCACUUAUCCACAAGUCAUCCGUCAACUGUCCUUUCAGCAGCCAGGACAUGAAGUAUCCAUCUCCUUUCUUUGUUUUUGGUGAAAAGAUCCGAACACGAGCUAUCUCUGCCAAAGGAAUGACUUUGGUGAGCCCGCUGCAGCUGCUUCUGUUUGCCUCAAAGAAAGUCUUAUCUGAUGGAGAGAUCAUUCUGGUGGAUGACUGGAUUAAAUUGCGGAUGUCUCAUGAUGCAGCUGCCUGUGUCACUGCCCUACGUGCAGCAAUGGAAGCUCUUGUUGUUGAAGUAACUAAAGAUCCUGAAAUCAUUAGCCAGCUGGACCCAGUGAAUGAGCGAAUGCUGAAUGUGAUCCGCCAAAUCUCCAGGCCUUCAGCGGCUGGCAUCAACCUCAUGGCAGGCAACACAAGGUUUGGAGAUGGUCCUCGUCCACCCAAAAUGGCUCGAUAUGACAAUGGAGGUGGAUUCAGAGGACGGGGAGUUAACCAGCGUGGCUCUGGCUACAGAGGUGGAGGCUAUGGUGGUGGAGGCUAUAACUCGUACCGAGGUGGCUCUGGAGGAAGAGGAUACCAAGGUGGUUCUGGGGGAGGUUAUAGAGGUGGGGGGGGAUAUAGAGGGUCUGGGGGAGGGUAUCGAGGCUCGGGUGGAGGAUAUAGAGGGUACCAAGGUGGUGGGAAUAGAGGUAAUUAUGGAGGUGGGUAUGGGGGCCAAGGAAGGGGGCGUGGUGGUUAUUGAAAUCCAUUGAAGUCUUUCUUGUACUCCAAAAAAAAAUGUGCAUGUUUCCUUCUGGAAUUUCUUUGUUACUAAUACAGAAGUCUGUUUGUCAUUCUACUUGUUCACAGUAGCUUGAAAAGAAUUGUUUAGGACUACUGGUGAUAUUAUGUAAAAUAGUCCUUACUACAGAGUACCACAGUCUGUAUACUUUGUUCUUAAUAAAGUGUUCUGUUCACAAGACGUAA